ACGAGGCCGAGCCCGAGCACGACGCCGGCAGCCCGGGCUCCCUGCGCAGGGGCCUGCGCUCCACGUCCUACCGCCGCGCCGUGGUCAGCGGCCUGGACUUGGACAGCCCCACCACGUCCAAGAAGAAGAACAGGAUGUCCCAGCCCGUGCUCAGAGCGGUGAUGGAAGACAAGGAGAGGUUUUCCAGCCUGGGAAGGAUAAAGAAAAAAAUGCUGAAAGGACAAGGAACAUUUGAUGGGGAAGAAAAUGCUGUCCUAUAUCAGAACUACAAAGAAAAGGCUCUUGACAUUGACUCUGAUGAAGAGUCAGAGCCCAAAGAGCAGAAGUCAGAUGAAAAAAUUGUGAUUCACCACAAGCCACUGAGGUCCACAUGGAGCCAGCUCUCUGCGAUGUUGACCAGAAAUUCACGGACUUGGUCGUGUCAUUCACUUGUAGUUUGGAAAGCGCUGGUGUCCGAUUCGGGAAUGCAUUGGUGUUGCGCUGCAUCGUGGUGGGUGUGGCAAACAAAGCAAGCCUAAGUCCCAACACCUGCACCGUAGGAACUCAGGAGCUGGUUCAGAAGACAAUAGACGUGAAACAUCUAAACGGUGACUCUGAAAGGGGCCAAAGCGAAUGACGCAGGUAGACAUCCCAGAGAGCCGUAAGGGUCAGGGAGGCUUUCUCUAGAGAGGUUGACUAAGACUAGGUAGGCAGAUGAGUAGGAAAGGAAAGCUGUAUGAAGUAUGGCUGGAUGGAGUUUGAUAUAUAGGUCACUGGACGUGACCAGUGUCUCAGAUCUCCGUACGAUGAGGUGCUCCCUGGCCAAUGGAGCCAUCACAUGCUUUGUCCAUCUAACAAAAAGCAUCAGUUCACUUUCUUCUCCGAUUUUCCAGAACAGGUUUUGCUCAGGUUAGACUGUCACCGCACAUCUCAGAAACCAACUUUAUUGUCAGUGAUGCUGUAAGUUGCUUACUGGUUUGGAGUGCGAUCGUUCCUCUCCAUCUGCCACUUGACAAAAACAACGAAUAAAAAUGAAACGGCCACCAAGGUGUUGGCACCACCUUCACAAACGGGGGUCCUCCUCUCCUGCAAGAGGAGCACCGCAGCCGUGCUCUGCCCUCCCCAGGCCUUGCUGACUCGGCCUUUCGCUCUGAGUCAGUGAUGCCAGCAUGCUCACCCACCCCGACGCCGGCCCGUCCUCGCCGCUGGCACACCUGCACACCUGCACACCUGCCCGUCCUCACACUCCCGCACGUGCCUCCCUGCCUCCGAGGCCACCGUGUGGUUUGGGCUUGACUGAGGUCUUCUUUCUUGUUGCCUCUCUUGCCCUUAGCUACUUGACUUCUUUUAUCUGCUGGUGGUCACUUGCCGUGUCUCUAGAUUUCCUUGGGGGCAACGACAAAGAAAAUGCAGGUAUUAUGGGCAUCCUUAAACAGUUCCAUUUGUCUGUCCUGCUCACUGUCUUCCUUUCUUGAGAAAGGACUUUAAAACCUAUUUUAAUUUUUGUUAAAAAUGAGGCUUUAGUUGCACAGCCAAGACAUGUUUCCUAUGCAAAAAUAAAAAAUUACCAAUAGAUAAAAAUAAGAAAAUAAAAAUUAGUUGAAAUCUCUUUCUCUCCCCAUCACUGUUGACAUUUUCGUAUAGAUCUUCUCAGACUUUUUUGGUCUGUAUGUACAAGUAUAGAGGUCUUUUUUGUUUUUGUUUCUGUUUUGUUUUGUUUUUGCACGUGUGUGUGUAAAUAUAAAAAUUUUUAAAGCAAAACUUCAAUAAUAUAAUAUUGUCUUUUUACCCAUAUGUUCCCC